UGUGAAAUCGCGCAGCAGCACAGCCGGCGACCUAUGAAGCCGGCGGAAGCGACCCUCACACCGCACCCGCGAUCGCUGCAAUCAAGACUUUUCACAUCUUCACCAGCUUUUCUUCUGCUAUCGCCAUUAAAGCACACUGCAAUUUCUACUGCCCGGAGAGCCGCAUUUCAGAUCAGCGCUAAACGUCAGGAUGACUGAGGAGAAGAGACCGCCCGCUUCUGCGGAUGCUGCCGACGACUUGGACGACCUGGAUGAUGUGCUGGACGACUUCAAUCAAGGCUCCUCGGCAGCUGCGUCCGCUUCAGGUCCUCAGGCUUCUUCUUCCGCACCACAGCCAGCAGCUGUCCCCAGCACGACUGCCUCUGAUGCCAAACCCCCGGAUGACGACUCAGAAGCGGGAGCCGAAGAGAAUGAUGAUGAUAUUUUCGAGGGAGACUUUGCGAAAGAGCUGGCUCAGGGGAUGGAGGCGUUGAUGCGAGAGUUGGGCGGCGCUGGUCCAGGAGCAGGUGGGACGGACAGCCAGUCAGGUCAACUACCGGCAGGCGCCAGCGGGCCUGUCCCUCCGCCGGGCGCAGAUGGAGCUCAACCGCAAUAUAGCGAGGAAGAGAUGAUGAAGCAGUUCGAAGCUAUGAUGCAAGAGAUGGGCUUGGGAGGGCCGCCCGAUGGUGCUCCUGCCGCAUCAGGUGCGGGUGCCGCUGGCAGCACUUCAGCCGGCGGAGCAGCUGGUCCACCCCCGGCAAAUUUCCAGGAUGCCAUUCGACAAACCAUGGAUCGACUAAAGAACUCUGACACUUCCGCUUCGUCUGCUACGGGUGCUGGAGGGGGCCUUGGAGGCAUGGGAGAGGCCGAUCUGGAGAAGCUUAUGGCUGCACUGAGCGGCGGGGAAGGAGGCGAAGGUGGAGCUGACUUUGAAAAGAUGAUGGAGAGCAUGAUGGCGGAGCUUAUGAGUAAGGAUGUCUUGUACGAGCCGCUGAAAGAGCUGAGGGAUAAAUACCCCGAAUACCUCAACUCGCCUGCAGCUGCCAGUAUCUCUGCAUCAGACAGAUCACGCUACCAGGCUCAAGCCAGAAUAGUCUCGCAGGUUGUUCGCACUUUCGAGGAUCCAGCAUAUACAAACGGUACGGAGGAUCAGAAGAAGCAUUUGCGCGCGACUGUCGGCGAAUUGAUGAACGAGAUGCAGGACAAUGGGUCCCCACCCGACGAGAUCGUCGGUGACAUUCCGCCAGAGCUGGCAAACAUGCCCGGCAUGGGAGGCGGCGAGGAGCAGUGCAGCGUCAUGUAAUCGCACGGAUCUUUCGACCGAAUUUGCUUCAGUCGCGCAAUUUUUCACCUGCAUUUCUUUGGUCAUCUGAAGCGCAGUGCUCAAUCGGUCGUCUGCAGAAAUCUGGCUCCAGCAAUCAUCGAUGUGCUGGACUGCCAGCUGCAAGUGGUCAGAGCGGCUACAAUCAACGCACGCGGUUCAAGGCCUUGCAGCGAUAACGCAACAUCCCUGCGUGCAUUGUGACAUUGAAUAGCUG